GUGUGGGGCUCGGAGUCGCAUUGCUCAAGUUUCGCCAUGUCGCUCAAGCUCUUGACGCUCGUGGCGCUCGCGCUCGUGGGCAUGGCCGUCGGUGCCAAAUCGCCCAAGAUCACCAACCAAGUGUACUUUGACAUCAAGAUCGGCAACCGCGAUGCGGGCCGCGUCGUCAUGGGCCUCUACGGCAAGACGACGCCCAAGACGGUCGAGAACUUCCGCGCGCUCUGCACGGGCGAGAAGGGCACGGGCACGAAGGGCAAGCCGCUGUGGUACAAGGACAGCGCGUUCCACCGCAUCAUCCCGGACUUUAUGAUCCAAGGCGGCGACUUUACGCAUGGCACGGGCACCGGCGGCGAGUCGAUCUACGGCGACCGCUUUGACGACGAGAACUUUAAGCUCAAGCACGAAGGCCCGGGCACGCUCUCGAUGGCCAACGCCGGCCCCAACAGCAACGGGUCGCAGUUCUUCAUCUGCACGGUCAAGACCUCGUGGUUGGACGGCCGCCAUGUCGUGUUUGGCCGCGUCAUCAGCGGCAUGGACGUGGUCAAGGCCGUCGAGAAGAUCGGGUCGGGCUCGGGCACGCCGUCGGAGCGCGUGACGAUCGCCAACUCGGGCGAGCUCCUCGGCGACGACCUCCUCGCUAUCGAGUAAGCAAUGCAUUUGCCCAUACUCCUCACUUUUGAACACGAUUUCGAUUUGUGCCAUCGAUGCUUUCC